GAAGAAGGCAAGCUGGGAUGCAUUGGGUCCUUCAAAUCGGAGGGCUCGUUCCCCUCAUCGCUCUCGCCAGCUGCGACCGUCCCCCUAUGUCAUUCAUUCAGCUGAGGCCGCAAGGCAGACCAGCGUUCUUGGCACGCGCCACAAGGACAGCCAAGGAUGCGCAGAAGACAGCCGCCGUGCCUUCACUGGAGGAGCUGCAGCAGAUCCAAAGCGUCGCUGAGGUGAGAAACGCACAUUGAUUGAGAUGAUUACCGACUCACACACCAAUGAUCGAUGGCUUUCUUUCUGUGUAUUGUUUAUGCAGGAGGCCGCGCGCGCAGCGGGUCGGAUGAUUCUGUCCAAGGUGGGCGCGUCGGUCAAGGACACUAAGCUCAACACCAAGGACCUAGUCACAGAAGUGGACGCCGCCGCCCAGGAGAUCAUUGAGGGCUAUGUGAGGGACCGCUUCCCAUCACACGGCGUGCUGGGGGAGGAGAGCGUGCCGCCUGGAAGGUGCUCAAGGACAAGGACGGGUGCAUGCGUGGGUGCUGGAUUGAUGGAUGGAUAAACGUAUGUGUGUCGUGUCUGUCUGUCAGAAAGGAGAGUGAGAAGGCGCUGCAGGAGAUUCUGGGGAAGUAUGAAGUCUGCUGGAUUGUGGACCCGAUAGAUGGCGAGUAAAUAAUACCAACAAGCAAGGAAGGAUGUCACAUCAAGGCAGAGAGAGAGAUGCGUGUGUCUGUCUGUCUGUCUGUCUGCACUGCGUGGUGGCCACUGCAGGCACCAUCAACUUUGUCCACGGCCAGACCCUGUCCACCGUGUCCAUCGGCGUAGCCUUUCAAUCAGAGGUGUUGAUUGGCGUCAUCUACGACCCUUUCCUUGACGAGAUGUUCACAACCAUCAAGGGGCAGGUAUGGUGUGCACGAACCAAUGACGCACGCACACGCACACACGCGCGUGCCUGCCAUUCCUCUGUCAGGGUGCGUAUAGGAACGGCGCCCGUAUCAAUGUUGGAAGCGAGGCGACGCUCCACGAAGCUGUAGUGGCCACAGGUGGGUGGGUGCCAGCCACUCAAUACACAACACGACUUUCUACGCACACCACACUGAUUGCUUUGGUCAGGCUCGCCCCCCGCCCCCCGGAAUCUAGCACCGAUGCUGCGGGGCAUCGUUGGGAUAGCGCCGCUGUGCCGCACUCUGAGGGCGUUGGGGAGCGCCGCCAUCAUGUACGCAUGGGUGGCCUGUGGGAGGCUGACAUCCUACUUCGAGGUCGACCUCAACAGCUGGGACCAUGCCGCAGGUCAGCCAGCCAGGCGACUGAAACACAGAAUUGUGAUUGCACCCAUACGAUCUGUGUGUGGCUGUGCAGGUGUGCUGUUGGUGACGGAGGCCGGCGGGAGAGUGACCGACAUCGAUGGGUCGCCGUACACCAUAGCCACGCGGGCCAUCGUGGCGUCGAAUGGGCUCACCCAUAACGAGACCAGACAGGCGCUGGUGGACGCCGACUGCAUCAGAACUGACCCUGCAUGAGUAACUGAUGGAUCUGAGGGCUGUGGACGUAUGUGUCUAGAGAUGCAUGUGCUCAUGGGAUUAGUAGGGACAUUUGUGUCGUGAGCAGAGCAGCUUUGGACGGUAGGUAGAGAGGAACGGGGUGCAAGUGGGGACAACACCAACACAUGAACUUGAACUCGGUAGGUAGCUCAAAAAUCCC